CUGGAACUCAAUUAUAGCAAAUACCCCUUCAAUGACAUCAUCCCAUCUGGAAAUCAAAUAUAGCGUUCACCCCCAAUUCGCUGCCGCAAUAGAUCAGCCCAAUAUCAUUUGCCGACGUUGUCGGCAAAUCCGCAUAACCUCUUUCUCUAUCUCCGGAAACGUAAACCCUAACAGAUCUCCCUGAUAAAAUUUGAAUUCAUCAAAUUCUUUGUCGCAGAUCCGAGUACAAUCGAGCGCCGAUCGGAUCUCAUCGGCGUAAAAUUGACAAUGGCGGCAUCACGGCGUCUCCGUGACCUACAAUCGCAACCAGGCAACAGGACCUGCGUCGAUUGUUCACAAAAGAACCCUCAAUGGGCAUCCGUAUCCUAUGGCAUUUUUAUGUGCUUGGAGUGCUCCGGCAAGCACCGUGGCCUCGGUGUGCACAUCUCCUUUGUGCGAUCGGUCACCAUGGAUUCAUGGUCCGAGAUCCAGCUCCGUAAAAUGGAAUCCGGCGGCAACGAAAAGCUUAACAAUUUUUUGGCCGAGUAUGGUAUCCCGAAAGAAACCGACAUAAUUCCGAAAUAUAAUUCCAACGGGGCAUCGGUUUAUCGCGACCGAAUCCAAGCCCUGGCAGAAGGUAAACAAUGGCGGGAUCCGCCGGUUGUGAAGGAGAGCCCGAUCAAAGGUGGCAGUAAAAAGAAACCGCCAAUGCCGGGCGGGGGUGGGGCUAAGGUUAGUAAUAAUCAGGGAGUUGGUGGGUGGGAUGAUCAUUGGGGGGAUAACAGUUUCGAUGAUGAUGGUUUCAGAUCUGCGGAUAAUAUGAGAAGGAAUCAGACGGUUGGAGAUUUCAGGAGCGGUAGCGGUGGUGGUGGGGCGCCGGCUAGGUCAAGAUCGACGCAGAGUUUGUAUACACAGUCGCAAUUAGAGGCGUCUGCUGCCUCAAAGGAGGAUUUUUUCGCAAGGAGGAUGGCGGAGAACGAAUCAAGGCCGGAGGGAUUGCCGCCCUCCAAAGGUGGGAAGUACGUCGGGUUCGGAUCGUCCCCAAAUAACAUGCCACGUAGUAAUUCUCAAGGAGAUGUUCUAUCUUCGGUCACUCAGGGACUUGGGAAGUUAUCCGUUGUUGCUGCAUCUGCCGCACAGUCAGCUGCCAACGUGGUUCAAGCUGGUACUAAGGAAUUCACUACAAAGGUGAGAGACGGGGGCUAUGAUCACAAGGUGAAUGAGACUGUGAAUGUUGUGACUGCAAAAACAACUGAAAUCGGACACAUGACGUGGGGCAUCAUGAGAGGUGUCAUGGCAUUGGCUACACAGAAGGUUGAAGAGUAUGCCAAAGAAGGAGUCAAAAGGAAUGGAAUUUCCAAGAGCUCAUCAGGCAGAAAUGCUAAUUUCGUUGGUGGUUGGGAUGAUUGGGAUAAUGAUGGUUAUAGAAAGCCCACAUCUGGAACUACUAGUGUAUCAUCUCAUAAAGGGGGUGACAGCUGGGCAGGGUGGGAUGAUGAUAAAGAUGAUGAUGAUGAUGGUUUCUACCAGAAACCAUCCAAUGGUAAAACCCCUGGGGGGAAAUCAGAUUGGUCUGGGGCAGGCUUUCACUGA